GACUGGCAGAUCGACUUCUGCUCGCGCCCGAUGAAGGACGAGCGCGGGAAGAAGAUGUGGGAGCUCCUGAUUUGCGACGAGUCGCGCUCGUUCCAGCACGCCGAGUUCUUUCCCAACAACCGCAUCAACUCCGUGGAGCUCUCCAAAGCGAUUCAGCGCGUCCUGAACGAGCAAGGCGCGAGGCCGAAGCGCUUCAAGUUUUUCCGAUCGCAGAUGCAGACGAUCAUCACGCGCGCGUGCAACGACGUCGGCGUCCCGCCGUUGCCGAGCCGUCGAUGCCAGACGCUGACGCGGUGGCUCGAUCAACGCGCGGAGGAGGUGUACAAGAAACACCCCGGGUACGACGGCAGCUCGUCGCCGAUGAUGGGAUUCGAAACGUCCGCCCCGAAGCCGUUACCGGACGCGCUUCGCGGCGAGUCCUGGGCGUUCGUCGCGCUGCCGCUAAUCGGCGUGAAGGAGGAAGCGAUGCAGGUGAGCGCGAACAGGGUGUUCGGCGACCUCCUGGAUAUCGACGAGGCCCUCCCGGACGACACCUUGGUCCCGGGGAUCGCGGUGUACACGAGACGCGCGGCAGCGCUCGCGGGGUGGACGAAGGGGUUGGAGCUCGGCGGCAUCUCCGUCGACUUGGACAUGGGGACGCUGAUACUCGACACGGGCGUCGCGGACAGCUGGCAGUACGCGAGGUUCCGGCAGACGAAGGAGCUGACGCGGGAGGCGAAGGAGUGGGAGGACGUCAAGGCGGCGGCGGGUGGGUUGCACUUCCUCGCGAUCCAGACGGACGAGGAGGCGGAGUCCACGGACGGGUUCUGGAUCCUUCAGGACUUCACCGCGUCGCAGUAUUAA